AGACAUUAGUUGCUUUCACCAUGACACAGUGUGUGUCGAAUAAUUGUUACGUGUACGUAUAAAUCAUUGUAUUCGCUUUUUCAAUUAAAAAUUUUCAUCGGUUUUUUUUUUCGAUUAUGGCUUGGUUAUCAGAUCUUGCUGAUAAGGCAGAAAAUUUACUAAAUAAAAUCGACAAAAAUACUGCAGCCGUUUUGAAUAAAGACAAGUACGAGAUGUCACAUAGUCAUCUGUCAGAAGUUUCAUGGCUUUCUCCGGAACCACGAUUGAAUGAAGACACAUCCAAGGUACCCUUAUUGGAAUCAUCUAAUCAUAUAACCUAUAUUGGUCCUACUUCAAAUUUAACAUCAUUAAAUCUAUUAAAUGUAACAGCAUCUAAAGAUGAUGCCUUGUUUACAUACUUAAAUACUCCAGAACCAAGUCCAAAAAGGACAACAGAAUCCUUGAAAUCACCGUCAACUACCUCUUCGUUAUUAGUGGAGCAUCCUACUGACGAUACAGACUCAGAAUUAUCGAUUCAUAGUGAUCGGAUUAGCCCAACUCCAACUCAUAUCUCCAUAGAUGUUUUAAAUGAUAAAGAUACACAAAUAGAUGCUGAAAAUACAAAUUUAAAUCUAUCUAAUGAUAUAAACACUUUAGACUGUGAGCACAUAAAUAAGCAAGUAAUAGAGGUCCAUGUACAAAAUGAACAUAAUGGCAUGGAAGAACACUCAAAUAUUUUCUAUUCUCUACCUGAAUAUAAAGUAAAAACCAAUAGUUUAAUGACAGAUAACUCAAAUAGUUUAACAGACUUAGUAGAAAAUAAAUCUAUACAAAAGUAUAUGAGAGAAAUGGAGAUGAAUUUGGUGAAACAAAAUGAGUUACUUGGAAAACAGGAGACAGAUCACCAAAAGGAGAUUAUAAUGUUAAAUGAAAAAUUAAAAGCUUUUGAAGCAGAAAAGUUGGAACAGUCAAAACAAAUAAUGGAUUUGCAAUUCAUCAUUGAUAGAAACAGGCAAGAAUUAAACUCUGUUAGAUCAGAAUUGGAACAGCAUAAAGCUAGAGCAUUAAAAACUUUACAAGAAAAGGAGAAACUCAUUGCAGAAUUGAAAAGUAAUGCAUCAACAGCUAUGGAUGAAGCCACUGUCAUGGAAUUGAAUCAAUUAAAGCAGGAACGCGAUGCCGUUAGGGAGGAAAAUCAACAAAUGUGUCACCAGUUGAAAAUACUACGUGAAGAGCUCAUAAAUGCAGAUCUAAACUUGGAAAAAAUUAAACAAAAAUCAACCGAAACAAAUCUACAAAAUCAAGAGAUUCUCGCUAACGAAAGACGUCGAAGGUUAGAUGCAGAAGAAGAUGUGAGACUGCAUUCUGAGGAAAUAAGAUCUUUGAAAGAUGAAUUAAUUACUGAACGCAACGGAUUCAGCUUACAAUUACAAAGACAAGAUUCUGAGAUUUCUAAACUUAGGUUGCAAUUGUCCGCAUCAGCAAUACCCAAUAGUGAAAUGGAUUCGAGACUAGCAUCCCUUACAAAAACUCUGGUUCUAAAACAGCAAGCAUUAGAGUGCUUGACAACAGAGAGGAACGCAUUACGUCUUCAACUAGAAAAACUUGAACACGAGUAUAGAAAUGUUGCUGGCAAUUUACGAAGAAAUAUAUCGUAUAAUAAUAUGAAUGAUACGGACGACGCAAAGGCCCAAGUCCCCAUGUUUUUAAUGGAAACACCGUUUGACACGAGCGUUACAAGAAGAGUAAAGAGAGCUUAUUCUUCAUUAGAUGCCAUAAGCGUACGAACAGGAGUAUUUUUAAGGAGAUAUCCAUUAGCUAGAAUUUUAGUAUUGAUUUAUAUGGCAUUGCUCCAGUUUUGGGUUUUAGUAGUACUCCUAUCUCAAUCACCAGAAGCGCACUAACGAUUGAAACGCAUUAUAUCUUAAGACAAAACAUAUAUAUUUAUAGAAAACUUCACUUUGUGAAUAUCAGAGGAUAAUAUUUGAAUUUUAUGUAAAUUAGAUCUUGUACAGUUUAAUGUAGCAAUCUUCAAAGUCAAAGAAAACCAUAGUUAAAUGAAAAACCUGAAUAAAUAUAUGAUAAAUUUCAGUGAUAGAUUCGUAAGAGAUAUUACAAUCUUUAAAUUAUAUUUACUUUUUUACUACACGUUUAAAUACGUACGAUGUUACAGUUAAAUGUAUUGCGUGGAUAGUAUUAAAAUAAAAAUAUACAAUAAAAAACUGAAAUAGAUAAAUUAAUAUUUGUUUUUUUUUGUUAAUAUGUUUAUCAAUUACAAUAGAGUUUAGUAUUAUUGUGCCGAUAAGAACUAUUAGUAUACUCAUUUAGUAUACUUAAUGUUAUAACAAGAUGUUAUUUGUAAUGUCUUUUUGCAGUAGAUUUAUUCACAUAUAUAAGAUCAAAUUCCCAAAAACAUUUCCCGUGAUUACGUGGACAAUAAAACAUUUCUAAAUUAUAGGAAAUAUUAUGGUUAAAUCUAAUCACUACAUCAAAUCUAAAUAUUAUGUAAGUGUUGCUUUUCUACUAUAAAUGUAUAUAUUUGUAUUGCUCUCAAGUGACUGGAAAAUAGCGCUUAGACGCAUACGUAAUACAUGCACUUUUAGGCACAAAUCCUAUCAGUUAUUUCUACAUAUAUUUGAUUGAAUAAUGUAUUUAUGUUAAAAGAAUAUUUAUCACAUAA